GGCCGCCACCAUUGGCUGUGGGUAGGCCCCGCCCCCCAGACUGCGGAGCUGGCGGAUGCUGCACGUCUUACGCAGCCAGCGGCUGCGGUGGCGUUGGGGAGACUCAGCCGUCGGCGCCCGUGGGCUGGGUUCCCAGCCUGGGUCAGAGAUGGCCUCACUGCCCCCCAGAGGCCUGGUCCCACCUCUGCUCUGGGGACUAAGUCUCUUCCUUAGCCUCCCAGGCCCCGUCUGGCUCCAGCCCUCUCCGUCUCCCCAGUCCUCUCCCCCAACUGAGCUCCAUCCAUGUCAUACCUGCCGUGGACUGGUCGACAGCUUCAACAAGGGCCUGGAGAGAACAAUCCGGGACAACUUCGGAGGUGGAAAUACUGCCUGGGAGGAAGAGAAGUUGUCCAAAUACAAAGACAGUGAGACCCGCCUGGUAGAGGUGCUCGAGAGUGUGUGCAGCAAAUCGGACUUUGAGUGCCACCGCCUGCUAGAGCUGAGUGAGGAGCUGGUGGAGAGCUGGUGGUUUCACAAGCAGCAGGAAGCCCCAGACCUCUUCCAGUGGCUCUGCUCAGAUUCCCUGAAGCUCUGCUGCCCCUCUGGCACCUUCGGGCCCUCCUGCCUCCCCUGUCCUGGGGGCGCAGAAAAGCCCUGCGGUGGCCACGGGCGGUGUGAAGGGGAAGGGACUCGAGGGGGCAGCGGGCACUGUGACUGCCAGGCCGGCUAUGGGGGCGAGGCUUGUGGCCAAUGUGGCCUCGGCUACUUUGAGGCAGAGCGCAACGCCAGCCAUCUGGUAUGUUCGGCUUGUUUUGGCCCCUGUGCCCGCUGCUCGGGACCUGAGGAGUCCAACUGUUUACAGUGCAAGAAGGGCUGGGCACUGCAUCACCUCAAGUGUGUAGACAUCGAUGAGUGUGGCACGGAACGAGCCAGCUGUGGAUCCAACCAGUUCUGUGUGAACACAGAGGGCUCCUAUGAGUGCCGAGACUGUGCCAAGGCCUGCCUGGGCUGCAUGGGGGCAGGGCCAGGCCGCUGUAAGAAAUGCAGCCCUGGCUACCAGCAGGUGGGCUCCAAGUGUCUCGAUGUGGACGAAUGUGAGACAGAGGUGUGUCCAGGAGAGAACGAGCAGUGCGAGAACACCGAGGGCAGUUAUCGCUGUGUCUGUGCCGAGGGCUACAAACAGAUGGAGGGCGUCUGUGUGAAGGAGCAGAUCCCAGGGUGGAAACUAGGAUGCCGACAGAUGAAAUAACUUGCCCAGGACCACAUGACAAGCAGGUCGCAGAGCUGCGAGUCAAAUCCAUGCAGUCUGGCUCUGGAGCCGGGCUGGUACACAGGCUGUCUCCAGACUUGCCCACCACAUGAUCUUGGGCAAACCUCUUCACCGCUCUGAACCUCAGUUUCCCAUUUAUUGAGACAGGGACAAUAACUGCCCGUUGGAGUUGUUCUCAGCAGUAAAUGACAUCAUGUGCUGGCUUGCUGGGCAACCAUGUGGCAGCAAUGAUGAGGUACGUGGGAAGCUCCAGGAACAGCGGGGGAGUGACAGGUGCUUCUCUUGUUCCUCACAGAGUCAACAGGCUUCUUCUCGGAGAUGACAGAGGAUGAGCUGGUGGUGCUGCAGCAGAUGUUCUUCGGUGUCAUCAUCUGUGCACUGGCCACACUAGCUGCCAAGGGUGACUUGGUGUUUACCGCCAUCUUCAUUGGGGCUGUGGCAGCCAUGACUGGCUACUGGUUGUCAGAGCGCAGCGACCGUGUGCUGGAGGGCUUCAUCAAGGGCAGAUAAUCCUUGCCACAUUUGCAGGAUCUCCUCCUAUCCAGGCUGCCCCCAGAAGUCAGGCCUCUUUCCUGCCUGGACACUUGAGGCAGCUUGCUUUAUUUUUGAGCGGGGUAAAUACCACACCUCACACCUAGGCAGGUGAGACCCUUGGGGUGAAAAAAGUAGCCCUAAAUAUGGAUGCCAUGAGAUCUUGGCCUGGGGGAACUGGGUAGGCUUCACAAUGUGUGUGAAUUUUUAAAAAAGUAUCUCCUUGUGGUGGCUGCUAGUGGGCUUUGGCCCCUGUCCAGGAUGAGGGGGGAUUCCCUCCAGGGGUGGGCCCAUCAUAGCCUCCUCCUGCCAGCUGCAUGCUGCCAGCUCCUGUUCUGUACCCCUGCCCCUCAGCCGCUGAUUAUUUAUUCAUCUCAGGAAAUAAAGGUCUUGGAAAAUGGA